UUAACAAAAUAAACAUUCAAACGAACUUUCUUGAUCGAAUCCAUUCUCAUCUCAGCAAGUCAAUUCACAGAGGAAAAGACCAAAAUGCAGGCCAUUUUUUUUAUUCACGAACUCCCCAUCUCUCUCUCUCUCUAGAUGUUGUUUCUUUCUCACUCUAAAAAAAAAAGAGAGUUGAAUAAUCUUCCAAUCAACUCUUCUCUGUCUCAUCAUCGGACAAAGAUCCACUUUGGUUUUGCCUCCCCCCAUUUUCAGUAAGAGAUGAGCAGAGGGAGGAAUAAUACCAAGUUCACAUUUAUACUUUUUAUUAUUAUUAAUAUUAUUAUUAUUACACCGUCGAGUACUUUCCUCCGGUUCGUACAGUGCCAGCUGCCCGGCGAGCUAAGUCCGCCGCAGCUGCCGAGCCCCGCCUCCCUCGAUCUCCUCACUGAAAUUGCUUACACCCGCCUCGAAAAUCUCACCUACAAUCUCCUCUCCACUAAAUUCGUCCAAGAUUACAGCUUUUGCAUUCAGGACCCGCAAGCUGAAUGGAAUGCAGCUUUCAAUUACUCUUCAGAUGUGAGUUUCUUGACUGCUUGCAUGGUCAAAACCGGAGAUGUUACUCAAAGAUUGUGUACAGCAGCAGAAGUUGCUAUAUAUCUCGAUAACUUGCAAAGAGGGGGUGGUUACCUAAAACCCAAUCGGAACUGUAAUUCGUCGGGUUGGGUUUCGGGCUGUGAGCCCGGUUGGGCAUGUCGAACCGAUACCGAAGAGCCCGUCGACCUAAAAAACUCACACUAUAUACCUCCAAGAGGAUCUAAUUGUGCCUCGUGUUGCGAAGGGUUUUUUUGUCCGUACGGUAUUACUUGCAUGAUACCAUGCCCGUUGGGUUCGUACUGCCCACUCGCUUCACUCAACAACAAUACAGGACGAUGCGAACCAUAUGCUUACCAACUGCCAGCUGGGCUGCCAGAUCAUACUUGUGGCGGUGCAAAUAUUUGGGCAGAUGCUCGAACGAACACUGAUGUUUUUUGCUCUGCUGGUUCGUAUUGUCCGACGAGUACCGAGAGACAACCUUGUAGUAGUGGGAAUUACUGUCCGAUGGGAUCUACAGAUGAAAAGCGAUGCUUCAAGUUGACUACAUGCGAUCCUAAAACGGAAAGUCAAAACAUUCAUGCGUAUGGAGUUAUGCUCAUCGCUGCAUUAAGUACCCUUUUGGUAAUUAUAUACAACUGUUCCGACCAAAUCAUUACAACCCGCGAAAGGAGGUACGCCAAAUCAAGAGAAGCAGCCGUAAGAACCGUGCGUGAAAAGACGCAAGCACGCGCCAGGUGGCGCUCCGCUAAGGAAGCCGCCAAGAAACAAGCCAUGCAAUUAUCCUCCCAAUUUUCCGGCAGAUUUUCCAAGCGGUCCCCAUCGGAUUUAGACAUGGCCAAAAUUUUGAACCGAACGGAAAUCGAGGAAACACCAACACACGAUUCAAAAAGAACAGAGCUCGGUCAUCAUUUGGACAUCGCAUACACAAAAGACGACGAUCAAAUCAGCGUCGCCUCUUCCGAUUAUUCCGAGCCCGCGAAGAGAAACACCAAAAAGAAUAAAAACACGAAAGAAAAAGAAAAAGAUAUCAACACGCACAGUCAGAUAUUCAAGUACGCGUACUCGCAGCUCGAGAAAGAGAAAGCGCAACAGCAGCAAAACAAGAACCUAACUUUUUCCGGCGUAAUUUCAAUGGCUACCGAUAAAGACACGAAGAAAAGGCCUCUGAUCGAAAUCGAUUUCCGGGACUUAACCGUCACUUUAAAAGGCAAGCGUAGGACCAUUUUGAGGUCCGUUAAUGGGAAAAUAAAACCGGGCCGAAUCACGGCUAUUAUGGGCCCGUCUGGUGCUGGAAAAACGACAUUUCUUUCUGCUAUAGCUGGAAAAGCCGUCGGAUGCACUGUGAACGGCACUAUUUUAAUUAACGGGAAAUCGGUUUCGAUUCACUCAUACAGAAAAAUCAUCGGUUUUGUUCCGCAAGACGAUAUCGUGCAUGGCAACUUGACCGUGGAGGAGAAUUUAUGGUUUAGUGCUAGGUGCAGACUAUCUGCAGAUUUACCGAAACCGGACAAGGUUCUUGUAGUCGAAAGGGUGAUCGACUCGUUAGGGUUACAGACAAUACGAGGAUCGGUAGUUGGAACUGUUGAGAAGAGAGGUAUUUCUGGCGGACAAAGGAAACGAGUGAAUGUCGGAAUCGAGUUAGUUAUGGAACCUUCGUUGUUGUUCUUAGACGAACCUACGUCUGGUUUGGACAGCUCGUCUUCGCAGCUACUUCUUAGAUCGCUUAGAAGAGAAGCUCUCGAAGGUGUAAAUAUCUGCAUGGUUGUCCAUCAACCGAGCUACGCAUUGUUCCAAAUGUUCGACGAUUUGAUACUUCUAGCAAAAGGAGGCUUAACAGUCUACCACGGGCCCGCAAAAAAAGUCGAAGAGUACUUCACAAGUCUUGGCAUAAACGUCCCUGACCGAGUCAACCCUCCCGAUUAUUUUAUCGAUAUCUUGGAGGGAAUGAUUAAGACAAGCUCGAGCUCGGGUGUGAGCUAUACAGAACUUCCGGUUAGAUGGAUGAUGCAUAACGGCUAUCCUAUUCCACACGAUAUGAGAAUUAACACCGAAGAAUCUCUUACGCCUACAGUUAAUAUUGAUAACGAAAAUGCCGAUGAUCGUGUUUUUUCUGAUUCUGCUGCUGAGGAAAAAUCGUUUGCUGGAGAAGUUUGGCAAGAUGUUAAAGCUAACGUGGAGAAGAAACGCGAUCGGAUAAGGCAUAAUUUUCUCAGGCCGACUGAUUUGUCGUAUCGGAGAACUCCCAACGUUUUCUUGCAGUACAAAUAUUUUCUUGGAAGGUACUUUCUUUGUCUCGUAAUAUGUGCCGUUUAAGUUUUUUAUGCACGUACUUCG